AUGACCGGCUUCACGAUGUCUCGGGCGUCACUUUGUGCUCUAGUGGGCUCCUUGUGGGCUCUAAGCGUUAGAGGAGAGUACUGCUCAACUCGCUUUGACCCAACACUCGGUAAGAAUGGUUGCGAGAAGUACAGUGGGUGCUGCUUCAAACUGGGGCUUUGCCUACCUUGUCAGAAGAUCAACGGAGUGUGGCAAGGCAUCGUUGGAAAGUGCGUGUUUGACACAGUCGGAGUUUCUCGAAAUCCCAUCGCAGCGACAGUAGACUUUCGACUGAGUGCUUCUCCUGCUACUGAAGACGGGAAGCCACUUUCGGACGCAAGCGUGAUCAUGUUUCACAAUACAACAGGAAAUGUAGACAUGGUUAUCAACACAUUCUUCGGGCAGAGGGUUCUGCUGGGGAAGUAUUACAUUCAGGUUGAGGAGAACACUUGCGGCACCACAACGACUUCUUAUCCUUGCAGAAAGGGGACUUUCUUAACUUUGGCGUUGGGCACCACACGCCCACCAACGCCUGAGCCUUCUAAGGUCUCGCAAGUUGUAACAGAGGAAGAUCAUUACGUGUACUUCCAAGGUCAACUUGUCCAGCCGUCUCCUCUUGACUCCUACUAUCGGAGGUUUGAGGCGGGAUCUUGUCGCUACCUGGUGCUGGAAGGCGACUCGUUGGCCUCUAUCGCAAGCAGGUUCAUGUUGACCUGGCAGGAGCUCUUUGCUUUCAAUGCGCAUCUCUUGGAGCCGUCCGACAUCGUUCCAGGGUUGACCAUCUCCAUCGGCCGGCACCACGUUGUCAGAGGAGGCUGCCUGCCCAACUGCUACCGUCAGAUGCAGUACGAGAGCUGCUUGACGGAUGGAGACUGUAGGGGAGACGCCACGUGCCGCUACUUCCUUGACUUGGGUCAGGUCUGUGUCGAGUACGACUCCAGCUGUAUGGAGAACGGCGUCUGCCUCACCUGCCAGUGGGACAUUCAUCCCGACAAGUGCGGGGAGACUCUCUACUCCAUCGCCACCAGAUACGGGACCUCCUGGCAGCGGAUCUUGGAUGUCAACCCUCAACUCGCCGCGCCAUGCCUGGCUCUGCUGGCUCCUGGACAGGAGCUGGGCCCAGACUGCGUCAUCCAACCUGCGCUGCUGCUGCCACCGUUGACGGCCAUGCAGGAGUACCGGCGCUACCCGGUCGUUGAUGGGCAGGGACUGUCGUGGGCGGUGAGGAGAUGGGAUGGAGGAGGGGAGGGCAGUGAAGAGGAGCAGGAGCUCGGCAAGCUCUUCACGUGCAACACCGUGUGGAGCAGCGCGUCGUUAGUCGACAAAUGCUGCCAUAUCCCCAGAUGCAAAUGUUGUACAGAGGAGGGGACAGACUCUGGGACGCCAACCACGGCUCGCUGCGAUGAGAACAUUAUCCCCGUGACUGGCGUCGCCGGCUUCGUGCCACUGGAGUCCAUCAACCCUCUGAACGGCAACUUGGAGACUUCGUGUGUGGAGGAGCAGAGCCAGUUCAACUGCAAGCAGUGCAAAGACCCAACUGUUGCUCCUCCUGGCUGCAAGAUAUGUGUGCGAGUGUGA